CGCGAAGGCACUUGAAAAGAUGUCAUCAGCGAUCAUCAGCAUACGCGUCAUGCGACUGGAGGACUACGAGGAGGUGGAGGCCUUUCUGGCCGAGCAUUUCUUCAAGGAGGAGCCCCUGAUGCUCACCCCGCAGGAGGAUCAGGCGGCCACGGAGGUCAUACCCGCCGAAUCGGAGCUGCAUUUGUCGCUCAUCCGCCAGGGUGUCUCUCUGGUGGCCAUCGAUGAGGCGAACGCCAAUCGCAUUGUGGGCGUGAUUCUGGCAGGCGCCCAAAGGCCGGAAGACGUCGAGCAGCACUACGCCGAGGCCCGUCAGCUGGAGCCCACCUGUCUGCUGCAUCACAUCCACAGAUUUCUCGCUGGCAUCGAAAAGAGCGCCAACUACUUUGAGCAUUACGGCGUGGACUCUGCCCUGUACCUGUAUAUUCUUGGCGUGGACUCUUCGGUGCGUCGCCAGGGCCUGGGCUCUCGCCUGGUCUCCGCCCUCAUCGAUCUGGGCCGCACCAAGGGCUUCUCUGCCAUGGUCUCCACCUGCACCAACCAGAACUCCACGCGCCUCAUGUCCGCCCUCAAGAUGGAGUGCAUUCACUCGCAGAUCUAUGCGGAUUACAAAGACGAUCAGGGGAGGGUCGUCCUACGACCGCCAGCCCCUCACACGGAGGGCAGUGUCAUGGGCAUACGCCUCUAGCGGAGGCGACUGCCGGAUUGCAGGGCACCAAAGAAUAUGUAAACACCCAAAAACACUUGUAUUUUAUACGCAAAAUUAUAAUUAUAGAUUAGAAAGCACUGUGAAUGGAAAUAAAGCUUAGUUAGACGCCUUUUA